AUGUCGGAGAGCCUGCAGUACGGUCUGUCUCAGCUGAAGGAAAGGGAACGCCUCGAGGAUCUCCUUCACGCGAGGAACCUGCAGCUUGAGAAGGACACGGCAGCUUACAAGCUUCAGACGAGGAUCAGGGAGCCAAGCCCAUGCAUCGUCGAGUUCUCCAGGAAGGGCUUCGAGAUGGAGAAGGCCACGAGUUUCCUGAAGGAGAGGUUGAACAUAACCAACAAGCGCUCGGUCCUGGCCUUGAGACACCAGGGAAAACUGGUCAAGUCGAGGGAAUACUGCGGCGCCUUUCGGGAGGAGCCUUCGAACUGCGACAGGUUCUCCCGUUAUCGCUCUGCCGACGGGACCUGUAAUAACCUGAAGAACCCGACCUGGGGCGCCGCCUUCAUGCCCUACGGACGCUUCGCUGAGUAUGACUACGGUGACGGCGUGUCGAGUCUCCGAGUGGCGAGCGACGGCGGCGACCUCCCGAGCGCGCGCCUCGUCAGCCUCGCCGUCAGCAGCCGCCCGGAGACGCCGUCCUCGACCUCGCUCUCGAACCUGCACAUGAGUUUCGGGCAGUUCCUCGACCACGACCUCGUCCUCACGCCCUUGGUUGCAGCUCCCGACGGGGCCGCCAUCGCGUGCUGCCCCGAGGCGCUGGGCGGAGACGCGACCCUGGUCCACCCCGAGUGCGCCGCCAUCGCCCUCCCCGCUGGCGACCCCUUCUACGGCGCCUUCGGCAGGACCUGCAUGGAGUUCCUGCGCUCCGCCCCCGCGCCCACGUGCACCUUCGGCCCGAGGGAGCAGAUGAACGCGAUAACGCCCUACCUCGACGGCUCCGCCAUCUACGGCUCGAGCCUGCAGGCGAUGGACGCGCUCAGGGCCUCCGCGGGCGGGAGGCUCCUCCUGCAGGUCACGGGCGAGGGCGUGGAGCUCCUGCCGCCGAAGAAGGACCUGCACGACGGCUGCAACGAUCCCCUGAGGGCGAGCGUCGACCAGUACUGCUUCAGGGCGGGAGAUAAGCGAGUGAACGAACAUCCCGCGCUCGUGCUGUUCCACCUCCUGUUCGCCCGCCACCACAACCUCGUAGCGAAUCGCCUUCAGGAGCUCAACCCGCGCUGGGGCGACGAGGAACUGUUUCAGGAGAGCCGGAGGAUCGUGGUGGCCCAGCUUCAGCAUAUUGUCUACAACGAAUAUCUCCCGACGGUCCUGGGGAAAAACGCGAUGAGGAAGUACCAGCUGAAGUCUCUGAAGGGGAAGCAGAGGCGGAACGACUACGAUCCCAGCAGGAGCGCCGCGGCCUCCUCCGAGUUCGCGACGGCGGCCUUCCGCUUCGGCCACAGUCAGAUCCCGGACCUCAUAGAGCGAGCCGACGCCGCCGGGGAGGUCACGGCGACGACGCUGUCCUCCGAGAUGCUGCGGCCUUUCUCCCUGUAUGCGAAGGGCGCGGCCCCCGACCUGCUCCGCGGGUCCGGCCGACAGAGAGCCGGCGAUGUGGACUCCUUUUUCGCGAAGGAGGUUACGGGGAAAUUAUUUCGCUCCAACAAGCCCUUUGGUCUCGACCUGGUGGCCCUGAACGUCCAGCGCGGGCGUGACCACGGCCUGCCAGGGUACACGGCCUUGCGGGCGGCCUGCAGGGGGGGCGGGAGCAAGGUCAGGGAUUUCGAGGACUUAGUCGAGGACAUGGACCAAGGCGUGGUCGACAGCCUGAAGAGAGUGUACAGUCACGUGGAUGACAUCGACCUCUUCAUCGGCGGGGUGUCGGAGCGUCCCCUUCCCUCGGGCGUCCUCGGGCCCACCUUCACCUGCAUUCUAGGCGACCAGUUUUCCAGGAUCCGUCGAGGGGAUAGGUACUGGUACGAGACCUCUGAUAAAGAUACCGGAUUCGGGGGUGAUCAACUCGAGCAGCUCCGGAAGACGACCCUCGCAGGCCUCCUGUGCGGCGCCUUCCCCGAGGUGCGGGCGACCCAGGAGAGGCCCCUGGAGGUCGCUUCGGCAGAGAACCCGGUGGUGUCCUGCGGCUGCGUGCCCUCCGUGGACCUCAAGCCCUGGAAGACGUGAGGGAAAGGGCGCCUCGAGAACAGAAAGCCCCAGACGAGAGAGAGAGAGAGAGUUUAUACGUGCCCAAAGUGUAUAGAGAAUUUUUUUUUAGAAUCUGUGUUUUUAUGUCCCUGCGGCUUCAGUUCGCUCUUUGGGUAUGUCCUUUGCGGCUGCUGCUUCGGAGAGGGUAAGUGGGCAUAGCAUAUGUUGACCUAGGAAUGGACAAAUAAUAAAUAGAGGAACAGAUUAAUAGGUAAAUAGAUAAAUGGACGCACACAUAGACACAACCACACACACAGACACACACACACACACUCACACACACGCACGCAUACACACACACAUACAGUGGUAUCAGCAAACCUCAAAUAGCGAUCGAGGGGGCUGGGAUCCUGAUGGCGGCGUCGGGCUGUCGAGUGUCAGACCGCAGGCGUUCCCCGUGCCGUCCACCUCGUCCCCCGAGGGAAAAGGGGCAGUGACCACCGCGCCAAAGAACACGAGGCGAGGUCUUCCGGGCUCUUGGGACCCAGAGCUCGAGGCCGGAAUCCAGGCGGAAGCUCUGCUAGGAGAGGCGCCCGCGGGUCCUUCCAGGGAGGACGGAGGCAACUUUUCCUAAGGCUCGGGCACGGCUAAGGGCGAGAAG